AAUCUGAUUGGGUAUAGGCCGUUUCUAGGGCGAUGAUUUCCGGUAUUGUUGGAGUUGGAGGGGUGUCUGUUUGCAUUUCGUAGUGGUUUCCGUGUUUGUGAUACGGCUGUAUCCUGUAAUUCUUAAAAAAAAAAAAAAAAAAAUAACAUUUCAAUAUUCUUUCAUAUGUUGAUAAGAAUGACGGAAAGCUCGGUGAAAAAGCUGUCUAACGGCGAUAGAUGUUACGGCGCUUCAAACGGGGUGAAACCGGGGAAGAACGGCUGUGUCAAGAACCAUUACCUCUACCAGAAACAACACUGUUAUCCCGAGGAGAAGAUCUACCACGUUGCACACAAUGGAGGAUUGUAUAAAAGACCAUUUAAUGAAGUCUUUGAAGAAACCCCUAUGCUAGUUGCGGUUCUCACGUACAUGGGUUAUGGUAUUCUCACACUUUUUGGAUAUCUGCGGGAUUUCUUGAGAGAGUGGAAGAUAGAGAAGUGUCAAAAUGCAACUGAACGAGAGGAGCAAAAGGACUUUGUCCCACUUUAUCAGGAUUUUGAAAAUUUUUACACAAGAAACCUGUACAUGCGAAUUCGAGACAGCUGGAACAGACCUAUCUGUAGUGUUCCUGGGGCAAAAUUUGAUGUCAUGGACAGAGUAUCCUAUGACUACAAUUGGACCUUCAAGUACACAGGGAAAGUUGUAAAAGAUGUCAUUAACAUGGGUUCUUACAAUUAUCUGGGAUUUGCUGAGAACCACGGGCUAUGUGCAGAUGCUGCUGCAGAUGUGACUAUGAAAUAUGGGGUUGGAGUGAGCAGCACUAGACGAGAGAUGGGUAACCUAGAUAAACAUGAAGAGCUGGAGAAAUUAGUAGCCAGAUUCCUGGGUGUUGAGGCAGCUAUGGCAUUUGGGAUGGGAUUUGCAACUAAUUCCAUGAACAUUCCAGCUCUUGUCGGCAAGGUUUGGAGAACAGUGUUGCUGUUUUUGUAUUUUGUGAGGGAGGGGACUGGGGUACUAAAUGUAGGCUUUUAAUAUCCUUUCAAAAUCUAGUGCAAAACCUAAAAGUAUAAGAAUCUAUGCAUGCAUUAUUGAACUUUUGUAUUUAAGGUGAAUGGUCUAAUGUUUUGACCUACAAUGACUAAUG